AUGCCAAACUUCAACCUGAAGCCAAAUUUAGAGAGCCGUUUGCAGGUCAUUGCUCCGGAUACCCUAUAUGUGGCUGCGGCAGGGCGAAACCGGCUGUAUUUUAUCGACACUAGAUUUGACGCCAAAAUCGCUGCACAUAUCAAACAGCAGAAUGAAUGGGCGAGUGUUCCCGGCCCAAACAUUUAUAUCCACAUCGACGAAAUCGCCAUCACGGCAGAAAUGGAGAGCGCAUGCAGAAGCGAGGUUCUGUUCACUUUUGACCCAGCAUACGCCAGAGUCACAUUCACAGCAGCCAUCAACAGGAAGAACCCAGACAUCAAGCUUCCCAAGCAAACGGAAGUUGCAGGCUAUGUUGUCGCCUAUGAUAUUGGGGAGAGUCUGCAAAAGACGCCUCCGCUGCAGGGACUAUGGAUGUUGGAACAGUCAGGGCUGCCUACGUGA